AAACAUGUUUAUUUGUUCUUAUAACUUGUUUUAUCAACUCCAAUACCUAGCCUAUCAGACUAAUAUUACUAUCAUAUUUUAUGAUCAAUCAUUGGAUCUUCCCUGAUCAAUCAUUGGCUCUGGUCGAUCAAUAACUGCCACUUUAUGUUUUCAAACUGAUCAAAUGGAAUAAAAUAUACAACCUCUAAUUGAAAAUAAAUUUUGAUUAUAUGGUUGCAUUCACCAGAAAAAGUACUACAACCUUGGUCAAGGAAGGAACAUCUUCACACAAUGUUAUUAGGAGAAAAUAUUAUUUGAUCACAAUCAUGUUCUUAACUGAUCAAUUACUGGUUCAUCCUUCUAACUGAUUAUAUUUUAUGUCAUGGUGAUUGAGAUGUAAUUGCACUGAAAAAAACUUCUGCUACAUUUAUCCAAUCAUGGAGAAAACACGAAAACGGAAACCAGCAAAAAUCUUUCCUGAAUCCAGAUCAAGACGUUUGGUAGAGAUGGCAGUCAAAGGAAAUCAUUCAACACAACCAACUUUCUACAAACAGCAUAUUAAGGCUCCUUGUAACAAUGGAAAUGAUAAUGUCGAUGAUGUCCCCAUAGUGACAGAAAAAACUCCAAUUAUGUCUGAUUUUGAUAAUAUCCACAGCUUAGAAACCACUACAGAAACGCCACAAGAUAAUACAACUGAUGCUUCACACCUGAAUGAAACUCAUCUCACUCAACCAACUUCUGACAAACAGCAUGAGGCUCCGUGUAACAAUCUUUAUGGAAAAAAUUGUUCUAAUGAUGUCCCCAAAGUGACAGAAGAAACUUUCGUCAUAUUUGAUGAUACUAUCAACUGCUUCGAGACCACAAUAAUUGAAACGCCACAAGACGAGUCAACUGAUACUUCAAACCUGAAUGACACUCAUCUUGCACAUCCAACUUCCUUAAAACAUCGCGAGGCUCCUUGUAACUAUGGAAAUUGUUAUAAUAAUGAUAUCCCUAUACUGACAGAAGAGACUCCAGUAAUAUUUGAUAAUAAUGAAAACUGCUUUGAGACCAUUAUACCGUGUUAG